ACAUCGGCAUCUUUCGUCAAUUGAGACUCGGUCAAGGAUGGAGGAAGAGGCACGCAAGCUUCUCGAGGAAGGGAUAGUAAAGAAAUUGGUCAGUCCUGGCAAAGGAGAGCUAUCGACCUUUCCCAAUGGAACCAAGGUGGUCUUCCACUACCGCACCAGCCUGUGUGAUGGCAAAGUGCUGGAUGACUCCAGAACCAUGGGGGGCCGCAGCAAACCCAUGGAGCUCAUCCUGGGCAAGAAGUUUAAACUAGCUGUGUGGGAGAGAGUGGUCAUCACCAUGAAACAAGGCGAGGUUGCAGAUUUUACCUGUGAUAAUAAACACACAGCACUUUAUCCGCUGGUGUCCCAGUCCCUGAGAAACAUCAGUGCUGGUAAAGACCCCCUGGAGGGCCAGAGGCACUGCUGCGGCAUAGCUCAGAUCCACUCCCACCACUCUCUGGGGCACAAGGACCUGGAUGAGCUUCAGGCCAAUCAGCAGCCUCUUGUCUUCGCCAUCGAGCUGCUUGAGGUUCUGCCUCCAGGAUCGUUUCAGCUUGACGUGUGGGCUAUGACGGACGAAGAGAAACUCAAGCUUGUGCCUCAGAUCCAUGAGGAGGGCAACCUGCUUUUCAAAAAGGGACAAAUAAAGGAAGCCACAGAGAAGUACUACAAUGGCAUCGCCUGCCUCAAAAAUCUACAGAUGAAGGAGCACCCUGGGGACGAAGUAUGGGUUAAGUUGGACCAUAUGAUAACACCACUGCUCCUCAACUACUGCCAGUGCAAGCUUCUCCAGGGCCAGUACUACGAGGUCAUCGAACACUGCUCAUCCAUAGUCUUCAAAUAUGAGGACAAUGUGAAGGCCUACUACAAGCGAGCUAAGGCUCACGCUGCAGUGUGGAACGAGGUAGAGGCACGAGCAGACUUCGAAAAGGUGUUGGAGCUAGACCCGUCCCUGGGGCCGUCUAUUGGCAAGGAGAUUAAGGCCAUGGAGGAGAGGAUCCGCACCAAAGAGAAAGAAGAAAAGGGUCGCUACAAAGGCCUUUUCAACUACAACGGAACGCCAGCCACUGCCACUACAGGUUGAAUCUCACAGUGGUUCGGAACAAGAGGAUACCUGUGAAUUUCAAGAUGGAGGAGAAACAACGCUGACUAGUGUUUAAGUUUUUAUCCAUGCAUCCAAGCCAAAAACUGUUGCAAGUCUGCCCCCAUGGAACACGCUAAAAUAUUCUCAUAGGAGUCAGGUCAUACACACAAAGUCACUCAUAUAUACUGAGGGGAAUUUGCAUUCCUGCCUUACUCCCUCUCUCUCAAAGUCAUAUUCAGUCUUUAAAUUAAGGCAGGCUGACGUUAUGAGCUUGACUUUAAUGAAAGUCCAAAACAUCAUUAAAACCAUAGGUCUGUACUGGCCUACAGCAUCAUUAUUUUAGAGCGUCAUAGUUUCCAAUCUUUAUUAAACUCUACUUUUCUUUACUUAGCCCAUCAUGGUUUCAGAAAUUUCAACUCAUGGUAAAUAACUUUGCUCAUAGUAAUGGGCUACUACCUACAGCGUGUUGCCGUAGCAACAUUUUUCACAGGAUUUGCUGCAGAGAUUUUUUUUUUUUUUUUUAAACAAGUAGUUUAAGCAUUUUAUGUUGUUUUGCUUUCUCUGAAAUACGCUUUUUGAUAAUCACCUCUACCUUCCACGCCAGACCCCCUUCUUCUAUCUUGGUAACAACGGAUGCGCUGGAAUAAGCAGGAGACCAUUAUCCCGCUAGAUGCGACUGUGAAACCAAGCUGUCUUGUGACAAUCAUUAUAUAACACACAUGAACUUUUCUUAUCUUUGCUUUCUCCUUUGUACUUAUGUCAUAUAUGGAAGACCUAUACCAUCAUAUUGUUUUUUGUCAAGAUGUACUCUACAAAGCCCUCACUAUCUCCUUCACUCGCCUGUAAAGAGCUUCUCAUCACUCUUCUUGUGAAGCAGCUCGUUGUAAGGCCGACCUUUCUGAAGUUAUUGAGUUUGUGAUUAUGUAAAUGACAAUAAAUUUGUGUUUAUCCCUG